GGCGCCACCGUGGAGCGGCUCAAAGAAAGUCGAGAGGAUCGCAGGCGCGCGUCCCGCCUGGCCGGGACGGCGCUUCUGCGGACGCCUCGGAAGCGGCGGAAGCGACGCCGGAGACAGGUGAAAAAGAAAGUGAAGAAACAAAAAAAAAAGGAAUUCAAGAGGUCCAUAUCAAAAACAAAGAUCAAGGAGAUGGCCUCCUCAGGAAUCUACAAGCUGGACGAAGGGAAGCCUUCCAUGAGUAACAGCUUUCCGGCCAAACAUCUGGUGCGACCCCUGGAGGAAGGCCGAGGACACUGGGUCGUGGCUCGGAAGUGCAACAUCAAAAAGAAGUCCAAGCAUGUGCUUGAAGCACCAGCGGAAGAGCAGGAGAGCCGGAAGGUUUCUUUUGAGACCUUAGGAAAGAAAGGGGCUCGAUGGGAAAGCGGAGGGGAGAGUCCAGAGCAUCGGGUCCUGGAUCGAGAUUUUCUGCUGAAGCAUCACUGUGUCACGAAGCCUUCAGAUCUGUGCACCAUCAACGUGAGUGGGCUGAAGUUUUCCAAGGCUAAGGAAAAGGAUUUCAAGCAUUUUCAGUCUGUGAUUUACAUCAAUGCCUCUGAAAACCACCUGCCUCUAGAGGCAUUUCACACCUUUCCGACCUUAAAAGAAUUGGAGCUCGCAUUUAAUGGCAUCAAAACAAUCUACGUGAAAUAUGGAGACUUUAGGUUCUUGGAAUUUCUGGACCUUUCCUUCAACAGCCUGACAGGGGAGGCGAUCUGUGACCUGGGGAUCCUGCCGCACCUCCGCGUUCUGCUGCUCACGGGAAACGGCCUCACCUCCCUGCCCGCCAACCUGGGUGUCGCGGAACAGGAGGCUUCCGUAACUUCGUUGACAAACAAGAGGUACAUCCUGAGGUUCCCAGCGCUGGAGACACUAAUGCUGGAUGACAACAAGCUCUCCAACCCCAAUUGCUUUUCCAGCCUAGCUGGGCUCAGGAGACUGAAGAAGUUAAGCCUGGAGCAAAACAGGAUUUCCCGGAUCCCGUACCUACAGCAGGUCCAGAUCCGCAGCAGCCCGGUGGACUGGGUGGAAGGCAGGGGCAGUGCCCACAGUGGGUCCCAGUCUGUGCUGCAUUCCAAGUCGUGGACGUACGAGGCUGAAGACGAGCAGCCAGAUUACACUGUACUGCCCAUGAAAAAGGAUGUUGACCGGACAGAGGUGGUAUUCACAUCUUACCCUGGAUUCUCAACCUCGGAGACAGCCAAAGUAUGUGCACUUCCUCCCAUAUUCGAGAUUCUUCCUGUGAAGUCACUGAAGGCCAGGAACCAAACACUGGCCCCACCCUUCCCGGAGCUGAGAUAUCUGAGCCUGGCCUACAACAAGAUCAGCAAGGAAGACGCCAUCCUUCCCGCAGCUCUCUUCCCAUCUCUCUGUGAGCUGGUCUUUCACAACAACCCGCUGGUGGCCCAUACUCGAGGCGCCCCUCCAUUGCUCAAAAGCUUCCUGCAGGAGCGUCUGGGGAUCCACCUUGUUCGGAGGAAAAUAGUGAAGAGCAAGCACCGUAUGACGAUGCCCCGGAAGAAAUCGCGGAAGGUGAAAACCCAGAUCCCGAAGGUGCCGAAGCAGCAGGUGGUUCUCCAUCAGCGGGCCAUGGCAGACAGCUCCCCCUCUAAAGAGCUGCUGAGGCCAUCAGAGGUGGGGCAGCCCGAGUUGCUGGACAGGAUCCAAAGCACCUCCCCAAAAUCAGAGAUGCCCACCGAGAGCAUCUGUAUGACCCACCGGACCUUUGUGCCGCUGCCACCUAUCUGCUCCGACUCCACCGUGCAGAGCGAAGAGACCACAUCCCCACAGAGCGAUGCCGCCGGCCGCGCCAGCCCUGAGCACAUCUCAGAGGAUGACACCAAGAGCACCGAGUCCUUCUUCCUGACCCAGGUGAGCGGGCUGCCUUCCUCUAUUCUCCGGCGGGGGACCUCAGAGAGCACCUCCCCCAAAUUACCCCAAGAGCCAAAGAUGAAGAAGGCCUCAUCUGCCUCCCUCCCCAGCAAGUAUCGGGGCUACGAAGAGCUGCUGUCAGCCAAGUCGGAUCCCACCUUCUCGGAGCCCAAGGGCAUCCAGAAGAACACGCAGGCUCUGCAGCGCAUGCUGAAGCACCCCAUCGUGUACCGCUCCAACAGGCCCAAGCUAGACCCCCUCCAGAAGCCGUUUGUCCCCAAGGAGAGAAAGGCCCAGAGGCUCCCUUUGCCGCCCCCCAGGAAGACUCGGGCGCAGCUGCUGGAUGAGCUCCUCAUCCGCAUGCGAGACCCCCGGAACAUCACAGAGGCUCCACUAGGGGCGAUCCUGCGGCGGCGCACGGAGCAGCGGCUGAUGAACCAGAAGCAGUUCCAGGAGGCCAAGCGGCUGCUGAAGGAGUUCCGGGCGCGCUACCAGCGCCUGGUGCACACCUCGCUGCGCUCCGUGUUCCAGAACAGCCAGCCGCAGGCCCGGCACGGGCUGGGCGACGGCCGCAAGUUCGGCCACUUCCUCGAGUUCAUGGAUGAGUUCUGCCCGGAGGCCCCGGCCGGCGACACCAAAGGCUAAGCGCUGCGCACCAGGCCGUGCGUGCUGCCCAGCCUGCGCCCCGACGCCCUCCGAGGGCUC